AGGCUGGAGACGCAGCCUUUCCAGUGUGCUCUGCUGGGCUGUGACAGCAGCAGCGGAGCUGCUUGAGCAGCUCUUUUUUUUGCGACAAUUCCUCUCCAAAAAGGAACUUCUUGGGCAGAAGGCUCUAAGACUGCAUGUCCCAACAGUAUCCACUGAAGGAGGUGAAGGGAGACACGGUUUGCUUCGUACCUGGCUCUCCUAUCUUCUCCGUCCUAAUGGAGCCAGCUUCUUUUUGCUACCCCCGGCUCACCUUUCUCCGCUCACCCUAUGGCCAGUUUGGGGCAAGCGCUGGCUCUUCACAGGAUUUGGCCCCAUGGCCUCAACGUUUGGUGACGCAGAGGUGGACCGGGCCGGUGGACGAGUCUCCACCAGCAGCGAUGUCAAGAAAUGGAUACUUCUUUGAAGAGAGUGGGUACCUCAAGUGCGACACGGAUGAUGGCUGUGAGACCAAGGAGGAGACGGGGGGUGAGGAGCUCUUUGACGCGGUGAACUCCUCCAUCGUCUCAGGAGACAGCAUCCGCUUCUUCGUCAAUGUCAACCUGGAGGUGCCACCAAACGCCACUGCUGAAAAUGAAAGUGCCGGCUGCGUGUUACUGCACACAUCAAGGAAGUACCUGAAAUUAAAGAAUUUUGAGGAGGAAGUCAGAGCCCACAGAGACCUGGAUGGGUUCUUGGCCAGAGCCAGCAUCAUCCUUGAUGAAACGGCCACCUCCUUGGACGAUGUUCUUCGAGAGAUGCUGAAACACUUUGCUGAGGAUCCUGAGAACAUGGAGCCAAGCUGCAACUUUGAAAAAAUCAUGAGCACUUUAUUCACAGAUUCAGGGACCCCCCGAGAAGGGAAUGGCACCCAUGAUGUUUCAGAGUCAACAGGAAUGAAUAAACAAACAUGUACACCGCACCUCAAAUUUCACCUCUUAUCAGAUACAAUUCAAGGGGUCACAGCGACAGUCACAGGGGUGCAGUAUCAGCAGUCCUGGCUCUGUAUCAUUUGCACUAUAAAGUCCCUUCAGCGACGUCAUGUUUGCAUCAGCCGCCUGGAGAGGCCUCAGAAUUGGGGUGAAAACUCCUGUGAAGUGAGAUUUGUGAUAUUAGUCCUGGCUCCUCCUAAAAUGAAAAGUACUAAAACAGCCACAGAAGUGGGCAGGACCUUUGCCACGAUGUUUUCAGACAUAACCUUUCGGCAGAAACUCCUAGAAACCAAAACAGAAGAGGAGUUCAAGGAAGCCUUAGUCCACCAGCGCCACUUGUUGACGGUGGUGAAUCAGAGACCUUCAGCAAUGAGCGAUGGGCACAAGUCACAUGGUCCUAAACCACUCAAGUUGCAUGAAUUUCUCAAUGUUGGCAAGGGGAUUUCUGAUGACAUUGCACGAAGAUUUCCAGUGUACGCUUUGGACUUCACUGACGGUGUUAUUGGAAAUAACAAAGCUAUAGGAAAAUACAUCACGACUAUGAUUUUUCUGUAUUUCGCCUGCCUUCUGCCAUCUAUUGCGUUUGGGUCACUCAAUGAUGAAAAUACCCGAGGAGCUAUUGAUGUGCAGAAGACUAUUGUUGGCCAGUGUAUUGGAGGACUGCUUUAUGCGCUCUUCUCGGGGCAGCCUCUAGUUGUGCUCCUAACUACGGCUCCUUUAGCGCUCUACAUUAAUGUCAUCCGAGGAAUCUGUGAUGACUACAACUUGGAUUUCAGUGCUUUCUAUGCCUGGAUUGGACUGUGGAACAGCUUUUUCCUUGUGAUGUAUUCCCUCUUUAAUUUCAGUCUUCUGAUGAAGCUCUUUAAAAGGUCAACAGAAGAAAUAAUUGCACUUUUUAUAUCCAUCACAUUUGUGCUUGAUGCCUUCAAAGGCAUUAUUAAAGUUUUUAAGAAAUAUUACUACCAUGGGCGCACAGGAGACAGUUACUUGGAAAAAGCACGAGCUGAUGCUAUUCCAAGCCUCGGCAUCAAUACCACCUUCUUGAUGAAUUCAUCAGUGAGCAGAUCCAUGUCCCUAGAGAAUCAAACAGGCACGCAUGAUGUGCAUUAUGGACGUGAAACUGCCGUCCUUAGUCUCAUGUUGAUGUUGGGUACCCUUUGGCUUGGUCAUACGCUCUAUCAGUUUAAGAAAAGCCCGUAUUUGCAUGCGAGAGUACGUGAAAUUUUGUCUGACUGUGCCUUACCGAUUUCAGUUCUGACUUUCUCUGUGGUGGGUUCCUAUAUCUUCAAGGAAAUUGAAAUGUCCAAAUUUAACUAUAACCCAUCUGAGAGCUUGUUUGUGCUGGCCCCAGUCCAGUCCCUCUCCAUCGGGUCGGUGAUGAGUGCCAUGGGGCUGGGGUUCCUCCUAUCAAUGCUUUUCUUCAUAGAGCAGAACAUCGUGGCAUCGCUCACGAACGCCCCGGAGAACAGGUUGGUGAAGGGAACAGCUUAUCACUGGGACCUCCUGCUCGUUGCGCUGAUUAACACGGGACUGUCAGUCUUUGGCCUCCCGUGGAUCCAUGCUGCCUUCCCUCACUCUCCAAUGCACGUCCGUGCCCUGGCCUAUGUGGAGGAGAGGGUUGAAAAUGGACACAUCUAUGAGACGAUUGUGAGUGUGAAGGAGACCCGGCUGACAAGUCUAGUAGCAAACUUUUUGGUUGGCCUCUCUCUCCUGCUCCUUCCUUUCCCUCUCCAGUGGAUCCCAAAGCCAGUCCUCUACGGCCUCUUCCUCUACAUCGCGUUGACCUCCAUUGAUGGGAACCAGCUUUUUGAAAGGGUGGCUCUGCUGCUCAAAGAACAGACUGCUUAUCCUCCAACACAUUACAUCCGCAGAGUGCCCCAGAGGAAGAUCCACUAUUUCACAGGCUUGCAGGUCCUGCAGCUCCUCAUCCUCUGUGGUUUCGGCAUGUCACCGUUGCCCUACAUGAAGAUGAUCUUCCCACUCAUCAUGAUAGGGAUGAUCCCAAUCAGGUAUAACCUGCUCCCUAGGAUCAUCGAAGCCAAGUACUUGGAUGCUAUGGAUGCAGAGCAUUAAACAUGGUCCUCUGCACACGGAGCAGUGAGCACAGCUCUUUUGGAGUUGAAAGGCGGCUCUGUCGAGGCGUAGAACAAUCUAUCUGCAGUUCUUUCUUUCACCACUUUCUUUCUGCUCUAAUAUGGCGUUGGUAAUGCACACAUAUCAAAGACCAAUUGAGUGUUGAAGAGUCAGACGACAGCCUUGGACUUGGGAGGCCGGUGUUCUUUGGAGCUGUAAGGCAAGCAGGCUUUAUGGAAAUGCUACUUCCCACAUCCGAAAACUAGAAACCCUAACGAUCAACAUGUCCAAUGCAGUUGGAGCAUGCGUUCUCAGAGUUGUCAUGUGUUCCUUUGUUUGUGGGGUGGGAAAAACCUUUUUUUCUUCUGCACCAUGUUCCUUUCUUCCAAAACACUACAAGGACAGCAACCGACCCUUCUUUUACAGAUUGACAGUCCUGCUCUCUGGCCUUUGAAUUCCAUUUCCCUUGCAUCCAGUAUUCCAAAAUUGGUAUUCCCAGUGGGGUGGCCUCAUGCUAAACCACUGAUUUCAGGAGAGAUGUCUGGCCACCUCUUCAGAUUAGUGGGGCUGGGAACAGAUAUGAUUUGUACUGAUCUAAUCCACAGCUUGGGAUGAAUAUUGAAUUCCUAGAAAUGAGCUGGAAAUGUUCAGAGGUUGGGCUUGCGUGAUGGUGUUGAUGAAACUGCAUCUGCAUCUAAACUAGUUGGGAGUUAUUUUGGAUCUUUCUACCUUUAUUUCGUGGUAAACACACACAGAAGUGUAGCUUUGCACAACUGCAACACUCUUGCACCCAGACUGAGAUGCUGAAACUUGUCAAAGGGCGGUUGUGUUAAUGAUUGCAUAUACAUAUGUACAGUAGUGCCUAUGUGUACAUAUGUACAUAUGGAUUUGUGUAUAUAUUUUGCAUAGAUAUACAUAUAGGCCUGAUUCUUUCAAAAUAUCAAAAGUGUUUUGUGCAGUCAGUGUUACCCGUGAUGUCUCAACCAUGCACUUGUUCUCUGCUUCAGUGCUGCUUUUUCUCAUUUGAGAGAUGGGUCACUUUUUUACUUUGGAAGCUGCUCAGUUACUGGUUCUGUUCAUGUGUUGUUUUAUUCCAGAUGUCCUUUCGCUUUCUUCUUCCCAUGGCUUGAGACCUUCAUCAUUCUGUCUUGCUGCUCCAAUGUGUGAAUUUUGCAUUUAAUGUACAAUAUGCAAUGAAAGUUUUUCUUUUUCGCUGGAUUUGUUGGUCAUUUCAUUGUUUGUUUUUUGUAGCUGAUCUCCAGUUUUCCCCACUCCCAGACAUUAUAUUAUAUUUCUGGAUGAAUCUAACUUCUGCUGUCUUUUAUAUAUCAGUUUAUUUAAUUUUGCUUGUGCUAUGGUCAGUUUUCUUACUUGGAGUACUGUGAAAGAAGCUGCCCUUUGGUUCAGUGCUUGCCCUUUGCCGCACACACCAAAUCACUGGUAAAGUAUUAAGAAAAAUGUGGACCUCCAAAGAUAAUGAACUUUCAGAACAGCAGAAACGAGGGAAGAAGGGUAAUAUAAAAUGAAAUGCAAAGGUAAUAUUAGCGCAGAGAAGUGUUUCUUACCAAUUGCUUUUAAAUGGUGCAGAGUCUUUAUCAGCACAUGACCUACUGAUUGGGUGUUCCUCUGCAUGAUGAGGAAGACCAACUCUAAUGAGGGAGGAAGGCAUUGAGUUUAAAAGCUCCUGUGCUGAAACUAAGCCAAACACAGCAAAUUUUCAGUGGCUUGUAUUUGCACUAAAUAUCAGAUGGUAUUUCAUCUUAGUGUAGUUGCCUACAGCUUUAAAACAUGUAUGAAAAGCUGAAUUUUUAUUUUCUUAUGAAACCCUUCAUCUUUGUAUUGAUGGAGGAGGGAAAACUGUAAGAGUGUUCUUAAGAACGUGGCCAUGGCUGAUAUCUCCCAGACCAAUCACAAGGGAAUUGCCCUCAGCUUAGCAAGCAAAACAGCUUUGCGUGACCUUGAAAGCAUGACUUUCACGUUACAUCAACCAACUGUUGUGGAACUGCUGGAAAGGCUCAGGCUCAGGAUGCCACCCCUGUACAUCAAAGGAGGUAAUGCCAGACACUUGGCUUUCAAUCAGUCUUGGAGGCAGCAGAUGACUUAUGCCAUGUCUGGUAUGUGGUGUGACAGCAGGUAUAAAUCCAUGAGUGGUUUCUGACUACCUUCAUCAAUGUUUUCUAGCUUUUGAGUCAUUUCCACGGUGAGAUCAGUAAUAACUGUUACCAAGGUCUACGUGUAGAAACACAGCAAACAGUUGGCAAACAGGAUUUCAGGGCAGUGCAAAGGUGGAGGUGGUAAAAGUAUGUCUGAUCUUCAGUCAACAGAAAAAAAAAGCAGGUGACGGCAAACAGUUCAAUACCUGUUGUAAGACAGGGAGUGCAAAGGCCUGAUGAUGCUUAAAUAACAUGCUUUUCCCACGGAUGUCAAAAGAUUUAACCGAAGGUGGAAUGAAAAGCAUCAUCCUGUGGCUGAGUAAGCUGUUAAACGCACAUAUCCUGGGGUUGCAUUUCUGGUGCCUCAGCACUUGGCAGGAAGAAGUCGCCCUGUGGGAUGAUUUAAAUCAUAUUAUGGAUGCUGUGCCUGAAAGAAGGAGAGGAUGUGCCCAAAGGAAUGUGGCUCUGGACCGCUUUCUGGUUCGCUUUGAGGUGAUCUUUCCUCCAGCAUAGAGCAUAGUGGGGUGAACUGGUUUGCAGGUCUUGCUAGAGGAAAUAGUUUUGAGAUGUACCCUCUAUCCCCUCAACUUAAAAGGAUCAAAAAUAUCCCCAUUUGAAGCUUCUUUGAAACCAUUGAUUUCAGAUAGUGUCAAAUGUUGCUAACUGAGGUUAUUUAAAAUCCAGAUAACUGGAGGUCUAAAUAUCCAUGACAACUCUUGUUUCUGUCUUAUUGCUAUUGCUUUACCAGCAUCACUUCAGUGUUUCCAUUUCCCUUGUAGCAUCAAUAGGAUUGUGUUUUGCAGGGCUUUCUUUUGGCAGAAGUCAAGGGCCAAAGAAUCAGCUGAUGGGAAAUCAGCACAACUCGGGAGAAGAAGUUGUGCUGGCUUAGAUUGGUUGAACAUUUGGACCCAUGUGUCAAUGUAUGGGUAGAGAGGAGAUGUGAGACUCGAGGUCUCUUGUCUUAUAAGGGGUUGUAAAGUUCCUGCAGAGGAUUUUUUUUCAUACAAAAAAACCCUUUUCUCUUCUUGUUUGCUUCUGGUUUUGCUGACUUAAGUGCAGGCGUUUCCAGGAAGUAGCCUGACUAGGGAAGGAGAGUUUGUUCAGAGUUGAUCGAGCACUUUAAUACUUCUGUGAAGGUUAAGACAAUUAGAAUGUAAAAAGUUUUACUGUAAGCUCUUUGUAUACGCACAAUGCUAUGUAUAACUGUUGCCAAAGAACUGGGUUUGAAAGACGUGGAUAGGUAUUAAGAGAGUCUAAUGUUCACCUGGAACCCCAAGGUAGUUAAAAGCUUCUGAAAGGAAUGGAUUUUGGAAGUUACCUUUUGACAGCUGCCAAGAUGAUCAGAAACUGGGGGUAGAAUUAACUUCUACUCUGACUUGUAGUUUUUGAUCCUUACAUUGAAUGUAGGAGCUGGAAGUUAGCUUGACAAUUAAAAUUGGAUUUAUACCAGAAUACUCUUGUUGGUCUGAGACUUAUUUUGUUGCCUUCACAAAAUACUGUUGGCAUGCUAUGUAUGGAAAUAGAUGUGGUUUUCCGUGUAAAUGAAGGAUAGUUAGUGAAAACAUGGACUGCUGAAUGGGCAGCAUGGCACUUUCUAGAUUGCUUAGGAAGCGAAUAUGACAGCUUCACUAGCAUCAAUCUCCAAAUUCUCUGGCGUCAACAUUUGAAGCUAUUAAUAAAUGUCGAGCUCUACUUGGAUAUGCAUCAGCGCUUUACUGCGAAAGGAUGGGGAAUGGAGUAAAUGAAUUCAACUGGUUUGCUUCAGUGCUGCCAUCUGAAAUGCUUCAAGAUGAGCCCAACAACUGUGGAAUGUGAUACAUGCUUCUUCAUGACCUGUGUGAACUGGGAUGCUCCAAAACCAAGUAUGGCAGAUAGUCACUUUUGCAUAUGUUGGAGGUCAAACAAGUCUCCCCAGAGGGUCCCAUACCCCCAACUGUACCAAAGGACUGAAACUGUUUGUAAACCUCUGCAUAUCGUAGCUGGCUGCUUUAGAAACUGCUGCUGUACUGUCUUCUAUUGACACUCUUUGAAGAAACAUGAAGUUGGCCAAAGCUGGAUGUAGCUGGAAAACACGUGGAGGUGGGAGGGAAGAGGUUUUUUGCGGAGUUCUCAGCAAUAAAAGGGGACCCAAGGCAUGCCGUGUCACCAGAAACACCUUAUGACUUUCCAAUCUGUACGACUAAGCGUGUCUCUACCCUAUCUAUCGGCACUUUGGUGUUACUCCUUGGGCAAGCUUUUCUUGUUCAUUGUGCUGUAUGCCCUUAUUUGUGUUUCUUCUACCCACUUGGAAGGUUGAGGGGCAGAACCAUGGUUGGCUCAAGCUCAUCUUGUGUGUCAGUCCCCCCAUAAAUUUCAGUGCAAGCCAUUUUCUCUGUCGUGUCCUGACCCAGCUCUCCUCUUCCUCAGCCCUUCUCUGAAAGUUGGCUGUGCCGUCCUCACUAUGGAAAUGCUGCCCGAGUGUCAAGUGGGUAUUUUCCUCCAGACAACUCAAGCCUGUGGCUGAGCAGCAGUGUGGCAGCGCCUGCUCCCAUGGGGCUCACUUUGCCAUAAUAAGUAAUUAUGAAGGAUUCGUAAUUGUCCUACAUUUGCACUGUCUUCUACAUCUCUUUAGAUGAUUACUUUAUGGCACAGUGUUCCAGUUGGGCUGUUUUUUCAUCUGUCAAGCUUCCAAACCAACCUAAAUAGACAUAAUGGGAUGGGUUUGCCCCAUUUUCCAUCUGUGCUGAGGCCUGUGGAUGUUUGAGGAGAAUAGUCUACUCUAAUUGUUUUCAUAUCUAAUUAAGGCAUUUAAGUACCAAACCCUGUCCAUUACACUUCUGGCUGCAGAUCUGGUUGCAAAGAGCAAAACCAUCGAUGUUAUGUGAAGAGCAGACAGACAAAGGAGUUGCUGGUGUUACAUGCUUUAGAAAUACAAAUUAGCACUUUGCUCUUAGCUUUUGUCUUUUCCUUUCAGGCGCUAAGACAAUCCUUGGCUGUGUCUCUUUCCCUUAUAGAAAACUCUGCAUGAGUUUGGAUCACUUGGCACUGUUCUGCUGUCGCAUUAAAUAUUAAGAGCAUGUCCUGGGGGAGAUUCUGCCUUCUGCUCCCCAUCUGCAUCUCUGCCACAAAGAGCUGCUUUCUUGGAGAGCUGAGGUCUGCUCUUUGAGCAGAUGAAGGGAUGCAUGCAGUGUCUCGGUCAUCUCUGUGAUAAAUUCUUGCAAAAACUAUCAGUAGCCCUUAUUUAGCCACAGGUGGGAGUCUCAAAGAUGAACAAAGUGGCAGAGUUGGAAGAAAUAGUUUACAAUUAAAUUCUCUCUCUCUUGACCUGAGCUAUGGUGGCUUUUUUUUUUGCACUUAGCAUUGGAAAAAAAAAAUACUAAAAGCCUCUGGCAGUAAAGUAUUUGUUGUGUGACCAGGGUUUUGCAGAAAAUUUAAUAUGCAGAAAAUCAGCCUAUUAAAUUCAACAGCUGGAAUAUCAGUUUCAGCACUUGGGAGACUUGCUGAAGCGCUGAGAUCAGCUCUUGCAAUGCCCAUCAGCAAUGAUGGAUGUCUCGGUAUGCUUUUUCUAGGCAUCAAAUUUAGAUAAGUUUCACAUGAUUGGAUGACUUACAUGGCUUCUGCGAGUGUCCAUGCAAGCAGUGUGGGUAAUGUAGCCACACUGGUCUCCCAGAUGUGGCUGGAGCAGAAGACAUAGCCCUUGGUGCUGGUGAGAGAUGGCAUCUCCAGUGUUGCAGGUGAUCUCUUUUCAGGUGGCAGUUGGUUGAUGUCUGAAGGAUGUGACUGAGCUCAUGCAGUGAACUAUCUGCCUUAAAAGCUGUGUUAUCCACCUUUCUGUUAUUUAAACCCUCUGUCUAUAGCAGCGUGUAUUUCUGAACUUCCCGAACUUGGGACCGGUGCCACCAAUUUCAAACUGCAUCCCCAGCAGAGUCCCAGCCUGCGUAAAUACUUUUAAGUGAUUCACAUCUUUUGGGCUUCCCUUGCUUUGCCCAAGUGUUGGCAUCUACCUCCCAAGCUUUCUGAUGCCAAAGUCUAAUUAGGAGCCCUGUUUUAAGUGCCCACGUCUGGAAGCUAUAUCCACUAGGAUGUGCAUUGGAUGUGUCCAUCCCUGGCAGGCUCUGGGCUGUGAUCUGAAGUGUCCGGUAAAUCUAAGUGGAUCUAUUCCCAUGGGUGAAAGCGUGAUUCGGCUGCAAAGCAUGGCAGCCCCGCUGGAAAGUGAGAAGCUUAUUGCAUUGCUGGCCCUUUGAGGAUUUAGCUUCUUAUGUUUGGCAGAGCUGCUCUGAUUUCAUCAGUAAGGUGGCUUAGUGCUCUGUUAUUUUCAGAAGUGUUUAGCCCUCUGUUCUUCCUCUCCUCUUUACUGCUGUGAAGUUGUACCUCGUUCCCACAGGGAUGUUGAUACCCCACAAAACAAGAAUGCUUUUAUUGAAGUCCAGCAGUUCAGCUGCUAAGAAACCUACCUUACUUCUCCAAAGUAGAUGCUUCUGAACCUUAGUGUGAAUGAAACUCCCUUCUCCCUGGUCCAACCUGAGAAAGGGGCUCUAUCUUAAAUGCACUCUUAUUUCCCCUCUUGUUUUCCUUGGAGGGAGUGUAAAUGCAAGAUAAGGUCUGAGGAGAGUGACAUCAACAGGAGAAUCCUUCCUGAGGCAGAACCAGCUCAUCUCACAUCUUGCAUCUCAUUUCCAUGCAGACCCUCUUGGCUGGGGCAGUUUACAGCAUGCCAGAAGAUGACCAGCAGUGGGAUUGUUUUCCAGCGUAUCACAUGACGUGUAACUGGUUAAAUAUCUUUGUACUGGGUUCCAUCGCAGAUUGCCAGGGAACUGUUUUAAGUGAGGGAAAGCACAUGUUCCUGUUUAGGGAGAUAUGGCCCGUAGAUAUUGCACUUGCUAAAUAUGCUCUUCAAGCGCAUGCCUCUAUCUAGUGUUGAUUUUAUGGUGAAUGAUUUCUUUUGAUAAGAGUUGCUUGGGACAUGGCACGGGGGGAGGGAGAGGGAAUUCCUUUAUUGU